GUCGCUUGGUUAGCGGCGACCCAUCAGAGGAGAGCUGCGACGUUAAUAAACCCGAGUUAUCUGGGAUGAAACAAAGCCUUCCUUCUGUUGAAGACGGUGUCUGGCAGUGGUGAAGUUGUGAAUGACAGUGAUAAUUACGCUAUGGCUGGCUAUGAAGGAGUAGCUGUGUCAUAAGGCCUUCUUGUUGUUGUUGUUGUUGUUGUGGUGGUGUUCACGCUGACUAAGCUAACGUUAGACAGUUGAGCUUCCCAGCUAACCCAUCUCUUUCCUCGGGGCUGACGACUACGAGAUUGCAGCUGCAGGUAUAACAUCUGUUAUCUUGCAGACCUUAGCAUGCCAAAGGAGGCAGACCACCUUGAGGGUGGAGGAGAAAAGGAGUCGAAGGAGGAGAGGAUGCAGGAUGCUUCUGAGGAGACAGUGAGGAAGAGCGUCCAGGCAAAUACUCUGAGCCUGCACAGAGGGAACACUUCUGAAGAUGGAUUUUCUUCCCUCACAGCCAGCCCUCCCAUGUUUGCCUCAGUGGAGGAGCUGAUGGAGACAGCUAAAGGAGUCACCAACAUGACUUUGGCCCAUGAAAUAAUGGUCAACCAAGCUUUUGAAGUCAAACCUGCAGAGCUUCCUGAAGGCAGUGUGGAGCGCAGAGUGAAGGAGAUUAUGCAUAAAGCAUUUUGGGAUUGUUUGGAAGCUCAGUUGAAGGAGAAUCCGCCAUCAUACGGACAUGCCAUCAAACUGCUGGCUGAGAUCAAAGAGACACUGCUGUCUUUCUUGGUGCCGGGCCAUGGUCGUCUGCGCUCCAGUAUCGAGGAGGUUCUGGACCUGCCUCUAAUCCAGCAGCAGGCUGAGAAUGGAGCACUUGACAUCAGUCGACUGUCCCACUUCAUCGUCGGGAUGAUGGGCUCGCUGUGCGCCCCCUGUAGAGACGAGGACAUCAACAAGCUAAAGGAGAUCCCGGAUAUUGUGCCUCUGCUAAAGGCAAUAUUCUCUGUGCUGGACCUGAUGAAGGUGGACAUGGCUAACUUUGCCGUCAGCAGCAUCAGGCCUCAUCUGAUGCAGCAAUCGGUUGAGUAUGAGAGGAGCAAGUUCCAGGAGUUUGUGGAGAAACAACCCAAUGCCUUAGACUACACCGAGAAGUGGCUUGAGGACACGGUGAGAUGCCUGAGAGAGGCGGAUGGUUCUAGUGCUGCCUCAUCUGACUCUUCCUCACUCCUCCCCCUUAAUGUCCAUAAUCAUGCCUAUCUACGCCUGCUGAGGUGGGACCACGCCUCAGACCCCUUCCCAGAGACAGUGUUGAUGGAUCAGGUUCGGUUCCAGGAGAUGCAGCACGAGGCUGAGCAGUUAGUUCUGCUCUCCUCUGUGCUCCUCGUCGUCUACACUACCACAGGGGAGGCUAUCUCAGGCCUGCCGGGGCUGAUGGAGACUCUUAAAAACAUUGUCAGUGUCAUGCUUGCAGACAUGUACACACCGUCUUUUAGUACACAGGAGGCCUUAGCGACCAUCGGGGAGAAACUGUGUGUUGAGCUGAGUCAGUGUCUAAGCCAACAUGGCUACUCUCCAUUUUCAGCUGACCGAAAGACCACUCUGAGGGGACAAAUCUCAGCUACCAUGCAGCCAGACAACUCAGUCCGCAAGCUGAUGGACUCUCGGGUUCAGAGCUACCUCCUGGCUUCCCUGGAGUCCAGUCAACAUAAGACCCCUCCUCCUCUCCCAGGAGGUCUGGUUCCAGUCGGCAGGGAGCUGAAGGAGCUUGCUGUUCGCUUCAGUCGCCUUGUCAACUUCAACAAGCUGGUUUUCUCCCCAUUCUACCAAAAGAUUCUCCAUAAAAUACUGACAACAGGAGAGAGUCCCUAAAUACUGAAAUGUGGAGUAAGAGCGAUGUGGAGAGUGGUCUGUAGUUUUGCCAUUUCCCCUCACUAGUAGCUGUUAAGAUUUAGAGAAAAGAAUUGAGGAAGCUGAUCUGUAUUCAGCGGGUAAAGCCAGUUCCCCAGAGCUUGCACCUUAAACCGACAUAAUCAAAAAACACUGGCUACCAUCCCAGCUGCAUUAACUCACAGUGUUGCUUAUUUGAUAGAAUCUCAGGCCUCAUAAUUGAGACCUUACAAAAGCCCUCUUGCUUGGUUCCUUGUUUUGUUCAGUAUUACUAGCAGAGCUGGGUAUCAUUUGAAAUAGUUCGAUGUUCAAGCCAAUACAAUACCUGUGUUUUUAGAACCCAUACUAAGAAUACUUAGAGUUAUGGUUACCAUACGUUGCAGAGCAUAAACACAUUUCUUUCUGCAAAAAAUUAUGGCAAGGUACAGUACAAAAUUACCACAACUAUGAUUUAAAUUUGAAAAUAUCUAAAUAUUAAGUCAACAAGACAAAGGAUCAGGGCCUUUAUUUAUCAAGUGUCUCAGAAUAGCAAAUCAGUCCUUAUUGGCCAACAAUUCUCAGAGUGACACAUAUUUGGUCCUUUGUUCAGGCCUAGAAGUAUUUUAUGAAUGUUCUUAACCUAGGGGCCAUUUCCUAUCUCUGGCAGUAUAAAGUAGAGUUCCAGAGGUGUCUCAACCUGUCAGGAGUUGCCACAAGAUUGCAUUCAGGCAGAGACAUGCGGGCACAUUCCAUGGAAGGAGAGAGGUCUUGGGAAUGCUUGAUGACAAUAAGCUUAUUAAAAGGAAUAAUUAGGCAUUUUGGGAAAUACGUUUAUUCGCUUUCUUGUCGAGAGUCAGAAGAUCAAUACCACUCUCAUGUCUGUCUGAUAAAUAUAAGGCUACAGCCAGCAGCCGAUUAGCUUAGCACAAAGACAGCUAGCCUCGCUCUGUCCAAAGGUUACAAAAUCAACCUACCAGUACCUCUAAAGCUCACUAAUAAAGACGUUAUAUCUUGUUUGCUUCAUUCAUACAAAAAAUGAUAUGCAAAAACAACAAGUUGUGGUUUUAAGGGGGUUAUUUUUCUCUUUCUUUGCUGGGAGCAGUGACUUUUUGGAGUCUCUUCUGGUUGCCUAGCAACUUCACAGUGUGGACAAGACUGCAGGGAGUUACUGUACCUGAUCUUUUCAUCUAACUCGGCAAGAAAGCGAAUAAGCCUAUAUCCCAAAAAUGUUUAACUAUUCUUUAAAAGAAUAAUUGAAUAAUUUUUAUGACUAAUCUUGUGGGGGGAUGAAAAGGAGAACUUAUUUGUGUAUUUAGAUUUGGAAGGGCCAUGAUAUUUGAAUGAUAUAUUAAUUUUGUUACAUGUCCAAAGAAAUUGUGACAUUUUCCUCCUUGUGUUGGGCCACACAAGUUUAGUAGUUGAAAGGGGAAUAGCAUAUAACCUAGGUAACUGAGUUAAUGGUUAUCAAGCAUUCCCUUAACAAAUCUCCUCCAACAGAAUGUGCAUGUGUGUGCCUGCCCAGCAUCUCCUCUCAUCUCAACUGGUAAAACACCUCUGGAGCUCUCCUAAUGCUGGCAGAGAUGGGAGUCAUUUCCUAGCUUAAGAACAUUGAUAAGAUGCUUUUACUCCAGAGAAAGUAGGACUAAAUAUGCAUCAAUCAUAUCAUUUUUGGCUGGGACUGAUUCUCUACUCUCAGAUAUUUGACAAAUACAAUGUAUUCAGUAACAGCUUUCAAACUUAAUAUUGAGUUAUUUUUUUCAAACAACUUUAAUCAAUUACUCAAAGUGGUUAGACAAUUGUGUAGCACACACAAGUAAAAGAGAAUGAACAAGACAACAGAUGACUGCAUGCUGUUUUUUACACUGCAAUUGUACAGUGGAUACAAAGACUCUUCACUUUUUACACCUUGUGUGAAAUUUUCAGUUCAUUAGGCUUGAAAUUAAAUAAUUCUUACUCGGGCUUAUCAGAUUUGCUUAGUUAGAGUAACAGUAAAAAUAUUUGGCUACUCGUUUCUUGCAGUGUAUUAAAAAUGAAAACAUGAGAUAUGUUUGCUUUGUAAUUGUACACAUGCAUCAAUUGAUGCUCAGAAGAAGCAUCUCAUAUGUAACGCCUCGUAUGUAAACUACAUGCAAGCAGUUUGGUGAAGAUAAUGAUGGGUCCUCUCGGUUGUUUUCACAUGAUAUUCAGAUGGUUCUUUGGAUCGACAUGACAUCACCAAGUCUGUUUGGAGUCUACCAGCCUAAAUUAAAAUCGGAAGUCAAAAAGAUUUGUGGAACUGUAUUCAAUUUAUAUUAAAGCAGAAGUUCUACUUCUGUGUUUAAAUUAGUGAGCUUUAGAGGUGCUGGUAGGCUAGUUGUCUCCCUCUGCUUCUAGUCUUUAUGCUAAGCUAAGCUAAUCGACUCCUGGCUGUCGCUUCAUAUUUAGCAUAUAUGGACGUGAAAGUGGUAUCAAUCUUCUCAUCUGACUCUCGAAUAAGCGUAUUUUCCAAAAUUUUGAGCCAUUUAUUUAACAAACCAUAGCUCCAAAGGGGGCUAGACCAUACAGUAUCUAAAUGUGACCAAAAUCAUAACAUCCAUGCUAAAAAUGAACAGGCAAGUGGGGUCCUCUUUAAACAAGAAUCCCUGAAUUCCUACAUAUGUUUUUUUAACUCAGGCUGCACAGCAAUAUAAAAAUAAAGGGUGUGUAGACUUUUUGUAUCCACUGUAUGUGCACAAAAGACAAUAUUUACAGUAUAUUAGAUAAAAGGAAAAUGACCAAUUGAUGUGAACUGAAGGGAAGGCAUACUGGUGUAUGGACCAACUUGAACUGUUGCUCGUUUAAUUGUUACUUAGUUUUUAAAUUCUGUUCACCUAUUUAUAACAUUUCUGAUGGUUUAUAAGAUGUUUAGAAUAUUUACUUUUGACAAACACUUUGCUUUGCAUACAUAUUUUACCCACUCAACUUACCACAGAAUACUUACAGUGCUUGUAACAUUUCUCCACUCCUGCAGGCAGAAUGACGUCGCCUAUUCCCCAAAUGAAUAACACGUGUUCAUCGACUGGUCACAUUAGUUAAACUGAUAUUUGUCUUUGAAUGUUCAUCCAACAUGCCAAUAAAGCAUUGUUUGUCCCCACA